GCCGAGGGGCGGGGUGUUGCGUGCGAUCUUCAACACCCCCGGAUCUCCCCGCCGGUUUGUCUUUCGGCUGGGAAUCUCGUCUAGCGACCAGGCAGGGGUGAAAUGUACGUCUGCGAGGAAGAGUCAGGUCCAGAAAUCGUCUCCGGCGCGUCCACGUCGGCGGCGGAGGUCGACGAUGGUCGGGGACGAAGCGAGCUACCGGCCAGCCCUGGCACCGGUGCCAGAAGCGUCAGGGAGGAGGUGGACGUAGCCAUCAUUGGAAAUGGUCCCUCUGCCAUUUUUCUCUCCCUCAUGCUCUCCGGUUUCACUCCGUGCUACAACGGCUCUCACCCCAACCCCUACCUUGCUGCAAAACUCAGAGGAAGCCCUGAUCAACCUCUAAUUGACCAGGACCUCCAGUAUCUGAGUGAAGGUCUGGAGGGACGCUCGAAAAACCCACUGGCUCUUCUCCUUGACACUCUAAUGCAGCCCAAUCAGGACGUUGGUGAGCCACACCCACCAUCCCUGAGCUGGACCCACGUGCCUCAUCGAGCCGUCUCCCACGUCGUGCUCGGCAGGGGGGAGGCCGGAGGGGCGUGGCAUCAAAUGCAACCGGAGGUCAAAUCACUGAGUCCAGGGAAAUGGCUCCAACUGCCGAUAUUUGGAUUCGAUGACUGGCUAAAAGAGGAGGGGAGGGAGGGAGAGAGUGGCGGUGGUCGUGUCAAGCUGGGUAGUGUUGCAAGGUACUACCAGAGCUACAUUGUGAAGAUGGGGCUUGCUAGCAACUUCAGAAAUAAUGCUACCGUCACCCAAGCCCACCUACUCUGCCCCAAUUCCAAGAACGAGCGGCGGUCGCAGAGUUGCGAGUCCACGUUUUCGUUUACGUCGGCUGGUAGCAGCGAGCCGGAUCGAAACUCCAGUACCAGGUCACCGGACACGGAACCAUUCUUCGGACCGUGCCAAUCUCCACAGACCACUUCAGUCGACACCGGAGGCCUAGGAAACAUUGGCGAAACUCGAGUGGAGGAAGAGGAAGCAGGAGUUUCCAGUAGCGAUGAGAUUGAAGUCCCGACGGUGUGUGAUUCCGAUGACACUGGGAUAUCUUGCUGCACCAAACAGGUGCUCCUCUCGCCCAAGAACUAUCGAUGGGUGGUGAGGGGAAGAACAAUCGAUAGGGACGGACAAGAGGGGUGUAUCGGCGUGUGUGCAAAGAAUAUUGUCCUCGCGACUGGGGUAAACCAUUCCCCAAAUAAACUCGGCGUCCCGGGCGAGGAUCGCAAUUACGUGCGUCACUCAUUCUCUGACAUAUCACCAGAGGACCACGGGCCCCGAGAUACUCGGGUGCUGGUAGUGGGUGCAGGGCUAGCUGCAGCAGAUGCUGUUUUACACAAUCUCUCGCUGGGACACACAGUGGUGCACGUGUUUCACCAGGACACGGGCGACCAGAGACUCCUCUACCACACUAUGGACCCAACCACGUACACAGAGUACGUCACUCUGUUCCAGAAGAUGACUGGGAAGCUGAAAGAUCCCAGUUACACGCCACUGCCUCAACACAGAGUGGUGGAGUUUGCCGAGAAUGGUGUCUGCACAGUGUCCAGUGUAAGAGGCGGAACUAGCAAAACUCUCGAAGUUUCCCUGGCACUCGUUUUGAUUGGCGGACAGGCACAGCUCGAUUUCUUGCCCGAGUGCAUGACACGCCAGCUGGGCCUCGUCCCCGACACACCAAUUGAUACAAAACACAAUCCAAUGGACCUUGACCCGUACACAUUUGAAUCAGAAAAUUUCCCCUCUCUGUUUGCUAUGGGACCCCUGGCUGGAGACAAUUUCGUUCGCUUUGUUCUUGGUGGGGCUCUAGGGAUCAGCAAGAAACUCUGUGAAAAUAUCUAAAUCAACUCUAGCUGAAUUUUAAAAAUGUUUUUUAUUCGUGUGUGUGUGUGUGUGUGUAGUUUUGUCUGUGCUUGUUAAACUCGGCAAUAUUAACAAAAUUGGUCAUAUUUUUGGCGAGGUGAAGGCAACGGUACCGGCCAUGGAGCCAGAGGCAAUGAUAAUGUCGUGGUGGGAGAAUCUGCAUGUGAGAACAGGUGAAGAGUGCACCUCUGGCAGACUAAACACCUCCUCAAGGUCGGGACAGCAAAACUCUUUAUGGGGGCUACGGUAGCGGUUGUCAAAGUAUAUGUCCGGGGGAGUGCAGUAAGGAUCGACGGAGAAUAUCCGCACUCCGUUCUCGUGUGGCGAGGCAAGGACCUGCCCGUCGCCGCUGAAACAUAUCUCCUUGAUGUAGUUUGUGGAAUCGUCGGGGGAACCAUCGUCAACGUAUCUCAGAUACUUGUGCUGGCUCUGCUCCGGUGUGAUCCAAGGUGCAUAGUUCUUUUCUCUGAGAUCAUAGAGACAAGUGAGUUCUUGUUGGAUUUCAUUUUCGGACACGUCCAUGUGCCUUAGACCAAUGAAGUCUCCGCUCGGGUGAAAAGCUGCAGACAUUACAAUCCGAUGUUUCUGCACACCCUGGUCCCCACAGAGAGUGUGCAUUGACGGUCUGUUACAAGAGAGGUUCCUUAGUUUUUCAUGGACACUCCGGUUUUUCAGGUCCAACAAGAAUUCCUUGUAAAGAUCUUGAACUUCUAACAAGGCUGAUCCGUCGAAAUCGCUGAUGACCAAACACCGACUGUUUCGAGAGGAUACAAACAUUUUCGAUCCGUCAGGAGACAAUCUCAUGCGAACUGGAUCGGGUAGAGUCUGCAGGAGAUUGUCUUGGUUUUCGUCAGAAGAAUACCUCCCCAUAUUUCGGAGGUCCCAGAAUCUUACGCCGUCUUGAAAUGCGAUGCUGAAGAGAAGGCCGCUGGUCGCGUCGUAUUCAAUGUUUUUUACCCAGUUCUGAUGACCUCGGAGGACGCCGAGAGGGCCGCGGAGGUUUCUGGAGUCCCACAUGCGAAUGGUACAGUCGUCGGAGCACGUUGCGAACUGCGGACCGGCGACGAACGUCACGCAGUUGACGCAGUCGUCGUGCGCGUUUCGGCGACACUGGAUCUUCCUGUGGAGGCGGGGAUCGUACAUCUCGAAGGCGCGACCGGCGAGGACAGCCACCAGGUAAGUAUCGUCUGGGGAGAAUUCUAGAUUGAAGACUGAGCCGAGGGGACUUUCGACUGCGGAGAAACCAGACUCGACCAUCACGUGACUGUGGUGUAGCUGCCUGUAGAGCUUGCUGCGCACCUUCCUAGAGAAUACGUGCAGAUCGACAUCACUACAUACACUCCAGUUCUCUUGUCUUUCUCUGUGUAGUCGGUAGAUACUCAUAUCUCCCCCACGUGCACCCACCAGCAAUUCCCAAUUGAUGCCUCCCUAAUUACGUAAAGGUCAUGUGACCUUUGUGUGAUAAGGCAAGAGAAAGUUAGCAGGAAAACACCCCCGGCUCAAGCCGCGAAGAUUCCCGUCUACUGAAGCUACAAGCGAACGCCAGAAUGAAGUGGGAAUUCAAGGACAGCCAUCCCUUCGAAGUGAGAUGUGCUGAGUCUUCGAAAAUCAGAGGAAAGUACCAGGACAGAAUCCCGGUGAUCGUUGAGAAAGUCCCAAAGUCUUCGAUUCCGGACAUUGACAAGAAGAAGUUUCUUGUUCCUGCCGAUCUCAGUGUGGCACAGUUCAUGUACAUCAUACGAAGAAGAAUCAACUUGCCGAGCGAAAAGGCAAUGUUCCUAUUUGUCAACAAGAUCCUACCUACCACAAGUGCAUCAAUGGGCACCAUAUAUGCAGAAAAUAAGGACGAGGAUGGGUUCUUGUACGUCGCAUACAGCGGAGAGAAUACAUUUGGACAAUGAUCUCCCUAGCAACAACUGCCACCAGUGACACUGCAAUGCAACACAUUCCAAUACCUUUUAAUUAUUACACACGUGUCCAUGUUAUUGUGUCGGCUUGUGUUCGGUGAGCAAAGCUGGAGCCUUUUAUUAUUGCAUCUCAUAAUAUUUUUCUUCGUUCUCUGUAUGUAGAGACUUGUGUAUAUACGUAACAAAUAUAUGGCAGAAUUGUAAAGAAAAUGUGUGCAGUGUAUGUAUGUGUGUACAGUUUUGUAUGCAGUGAAAGUGAGAGUUACAUUCAAUUCAAAUGUCCGUAUACAGGUACGUACAAUGGGCUGCGUGUGCACAAGGUGCUAAUGUUGGCCCCUCGGUCUGAGAUGAAAGUUGGGGGAUUGGGGAGCGGUGAGAGGUUUCAGGCUAGGUUGGACGACGGUGCGAGUAUAGCGACGGAUUGGCUGGGCCUUGUGCACCAGGGCCUGUCUCAGCAGUGCCACUCUCUUUGCCUCUUCGGCCUCUGCGACAGCCUGUCGUUCCCGGUUCUCCUGCUGUUGCUCCUCCUCCUUGCUCUUGCACUCGCGUUCAAACUCCGCCCGCUGCUCGCUGCGUACCUCAGUGUGGAGGAUGAUGUUUGAGACUUCCGUGAUCUGCCGGUU